AUGUCCUCCUACCGACUUGAAGCGAUUGUAACCUCUAUUUUCAUGGUUGUCGUUUCUGUUGUGGCUGUUUUUGGAAACUUGAUGGUCAUCGUGGCGAUCUUGUGGAACAAAAGACUUCGUACAGUGCCGUACAACUUUCUUUUCCUUAACCUGGCUGUAGCUGAUAUGCUUCAAGGAGCUAUUGCCAUGCCGCUUCGUCUUGCCGAUCAACUCAACCAAACUGACCAAAAACCAUUAAUACCAUGCCUGGUUGUUAUACCUUUAACUGUGUUUUUCUUCGGCGCUUCAAACUUUAACUUGACUCUAAUAAGCCUCGAUCGAUAUUUUGCAUUAAAAAAGCCUUUUCUAUACCCUCUCUUAGCUGUACCUUGGAGACUGGCUCUUAUUGUCGCCGUAUCUUGGGUAAUCAUUUUUAUCAUCGCCUUCUUGCCUAUUAUGGGAUGGGGAGCUGCUGUUACUGCUGAAGUGUCUGAUAUCUGCUUGUAUUCCACCACGCUGACCAGAGGGUACCUGUUUGUGUUAUUUUCCAUCCUCAAUUUAGCCGUGAUCAUUAUACUGGCAUUUACCAACUACUUCAUCCUCAAAACUGCCAGGAGACAGGUUCAUCGUAUCAACAUCGACAAAAAUCUCGGAACACUAUUGGAGGUGCCAUUUUCAGUUGCUGCAAAAAGCAAGCCAGUGACAUUGCCUAAUAUCCGAACAAAUGCAGACAAUAACACGAUUAACAACCGAGUGUUUCUUAUCAGCAACAGUGAAAAUGCUGAUCGAAAAGGGACAAAGAUUGUUCUGAUCGUAGUUGGUAUCUUUGUGUUUUUGACAACGCCAAUCACAGUGAUUGACAUCAUUAGUCUAUUGGGUUGUGUUUCAUGCACGCCUCUCAUUGUUGUCAAGGUAACCGUGUUUAUGGCUUACGCAAACGCUUGUGUCAACGUUUUUAUAUACGCUGGCCUCAACACGGAAAUGAGAAAUACAUGGGUUGCCAUGUAUGGGCAAGCUAAGGCAGCUUUAGGUAGAUCUUUCCACUCUUAUUUAGUAAAAUGGAUGUGUUGUCGAUCCUCGGUCUCAAGUACUGAAGUAAUAGAGUUUGCGUGAAAAUUUUACGGUACACGAUGCCUUUCUAAGGCGUUAAGGACCGUCAGUCUUUUUGGAAACUAGUCUUUUUUUUUCCAUUUCCAGCAGAAAAAAAUAAGCAAUUAACGCCUUGAGACUCUUGAAAAGAAUCAAAACACUCACCCUACUAUUUUCUUAGUUCUAUGAUACGUUAUCAAAUUAAAUACCUCACAAAAAAGUAUUCGCCACAAAGAUGCAUGUAUUUCUUGAAUUACGACUCGGUAAAGAAAGAGAAAACAUGUAUCAAUGCGGGAUGGUCUUCAUUCCUCUUUUUGUACAGUUUUUGAAAAUGCAGUAAUUAAAGAAGUAUAGAUAAGCACACACUUUGUUAUUAACGUCAUAGUCAUUAUACCUCUCCUAUGUGAAGGAUCGAAGUAACCAAAGGGAUCUAGAUCUUGGUAACUGACGCGGCUCGUUAACGAAGAAUUCUCUGACGCGCUGGCUGUACAAUGAACGACAAACUCAAACAGUUAAUUCUUCAGCCAGUAAGUGCGAUUAUUUGAAGGUUAAUCACAAACUUAGGGACACUAAUUUUUUUUAUGCAUGCAGUUUGAAUUUGAACAACAACAACAACAACAACAACAAAACCAAUAAAUCAUAUUAGCAGCCGGAAAAGCUGAAACCGUGUUAAACAAGACCAAUGUCGAUAACCAAUGAUAUUAACAAAUGAAAAUUAUAAGUUUACACAACGAUAAGUUUCAGUAUGGAGAAAUAAACUCAUUCAUUGCGGGAAGAAUCGUCAAAGCAGAAAAAAAUAUUAACACCUGCUCUGUAAUGAGCCUGAAUGAGCUUUCGGAAGACUGGGUAUUGAUGACCCACCAUAGAGCAUUUUGUAGUAGUAGGCCAUUUCGGAGUUGCAAAUAAGUUUUAUUUGCAUUAGAAUAAGAAAUCAUUUCAUAAUCAACAAUAGCUUCAUGUGGAAAAAGAGGCUUGCAGUAACUCAGAAAUUGUGUAUUAAUAUUAUCCCGUGCAUUGAAAACUAACCCAGAGAAAUAGAUUCAAAGGUUCUGGAAGACUCUCUUUAUUCUACGGUAGAUUUUCCAAAAUUCGCAACAGCUUUUCAAUAAUUAGUUAUUAGCGUCCAGUCUCUUUUCGUUGAUUCCCGAAGAUAACUUGACAUUUGUGAAAAUUAGGGAGACCGAAACGCAGAUGUUCCGAUUGUACUUACAUUUCUUGAUGUAUAGGUCAUUUGCCUACUAAGUCGACGCAAACCACUGUCAACUAAUACAAUAGGGGAAUCUUUGUCUCUGUUUUUUUCGCCAUUAAAAUAUCCUUUAUUUUCUUCAGGUUAUAAGAGAGGAACAAAAAUGUCAGUUCCAAGGACAGUCUUAAUCUCAUUUGUUGCAUGGCUCCAAUUGAGUCUGCGCAUGCGAUGCGAAAGGAAUCACAUCAAAGAGGUCUUCUAGAGAAAAAUUUAUCCAAUCUAGUUUCUUAUACUUAAAUUCUUAUUGAAAGAAUUCCAUGAAGAAUUGAUAUUUCGUGAAUAAAAGUCAAUAAAAGAAUCUCAAAGAGACUGGUCCAUUAAUUCUUAUAUUACAUACAACAAAUCUGAGGCCGCUUGUCAAUCCUAAACAUCCGGGUUUUCUACCAAAACGGCUAGUGUUCCGGACUAAGGGCAAAGAGACAUGCGCAGCCAUAAGAUCCGAAGGCUCUGGUGACGUCAGUGCCAUAAUGAAACUCUUCUCCUUGCACAUGCUGGGUAAUAUCAGAGAAGGAUAUAAUUUACAUAUGUUAAAAUGAGGUCAUUUGGAAGGAGUAAAUAAACUAUAUCAGUAAUCAUCAGCAGAUUUGGAAAAGUGAGAAAUUGUACCGGCAGGAUAGCCUGCAAGCCAGCUCUCUGGGGAACACUGGCAGCGGGAAAAGGAAGGAGAGCUUGCAACUACGUCUCUAGAAUUUCAGCAUUUCGCAUGGACUUUUUCGAUGCAGAUAUUCAAAUUUCUAAGACGUAGUUGCAAGCUCUUUCUGUGGUUUAACUUUUCAAGAAACAAAAUUCCCGCAAAUAAAGGAAAGUGAUUUUAUUAACGUUUACUGUGAAAAAAGCGCAUGCGCAAUUUUGCGAAACAAAAGAGCUAAAAGGAGAAAACAAUAGCGUGCUGCAUUCAUUGUUUAGUUUUCCACCUUCAUCAUAUUAAUGAGCACCGUCAUGCAUUCUUGGCAACCAAUGGUUGAAGCGUUCUUACAGCGUCUAAGCAUGACUGCGUGUAAUAUGACAGAUCUACGAACUUUGGUGAACUGGAGUAAAUGUCCUGAGAACAAUAGGCAUACUGGGCGAUGUUUUCCCGCCCCGCCCGCCAGAGCGCCCCGGAGAUCUUGCUCGCAGGCUACCGGCAGGAGAUCUCGACUGGUACUCUCAGUAAAUUCCUUAAUACUAACUACAUUUCAAAGGAAAUUGAACGAUUACUUUCAGACUAGAUAACUGUAGCGCCAGGCUAGCUAUGUGGUAUUUUAGUAACCUUCACUAAUAGAUAUGACACUUUUUACUUAAAAAUACGAAAGAAAAAAUAGUGCAUUCGAACAUUUUGCUCAAGAAGCUUCAUUUUAAUAAAAAAAAUUACGGCAAAGGUUAGAGAUAGGCCCCAUGUCUUUUGUAAAACUCUCUUCCGGAGAUGAAAGGUUCACUAUUAGGCAAAAAAGAAGACGGGGAAAGAUUCGAUGACAUGAAGUAUUACUAAAAGGAACUGGUAUUUGGUUUUUCCUUUAUUUCUGUUUUCCAUCGAGAUAUUUUUCAUCUUGAGACACACAAAACUUAGAUAACCUUCUCGAUUCCACUCUGCUUAAAGAUUCAUUCCAUGUCGCCUUUGGAUUUAAAUUAACCUUCAACGAAAUUUUUCAAUUUUUUUAUUUAAGUUGUUAAGACCAAAAUAAUGAUAUUUUCCUUACAUUUUCUGCACAUUUUGUAGUUAAUCUUUCUUCCCACUUUUUACUGUAAUUUUCUUCUCAGCGAUUUGACCAUGCAACUUUGAUGUGAUAGUACAUUUGUAUCUUUCCGAUAUACUCAUAGACUUGUCUUCCGUCUAAAAAGAAGCGUUUAAAUUUACUUGCAUAGGAAAUUAAACCAAAAGUGUCAGAAAUAAAAAAAGGUAAAAGAAGUAAAGUUUACUUAUUGACAAACAGCAAACACUGAUAAAAUACGUUCCAUUUUAACUGUCUAACAAUGUGAUUCCGCCUUGUGUUUCACUUAGCGCGCCGCGCGCUCGAGCUGUAAAUUGGAGGGAUUAUCGAUUACCCGUUCUCCAUAUCAAAAUUGUUGCAAAACUGUAAAACAGCUGAAAAACUGUGUCUUAAUGGACGCAAGUAUUGAGUCAGGAAACAGCUGAGAGCCUUUUCAUUCUUGAAUGUUACCGCAAUCGUACGAGAAAUCAGAGCUGUCUCUAAAUAAACAAGUUUGACAAACAUCGCAAAAUGAAAUUAGUUGUACACUACGAAAAACCAAAAUGAAAGUCGUUUGCUGAGUCUUGUAGCAUUUUUCUUUUACUUGACAAGAAUAUUCUGUAUCAAGUGCUCAAUCAAAUCGGCAACUCCAAAAGUUUAAGAUAAUUGGGUCUUAUUUUCUGAACUGUGAGCUUCGACUAUUUCCUUGACUUCAGUGGCGUUUGUUUUAAUUAGAAGGUUUUUGUGCGUCAAUUUAAAAGUUUUAAUGAAAAAGUUUAACUAUAGGAAACGAAUUAACAGCUGCUUACCUAGUGCGGGUUAGUUUAAGGUAAAACUCGAUAGUGAAUUUGACUUUGAUGAAAAACAAAAUUAUAACAAAUCAUUAAAUUUCGCGUUGCGUCGAACCGUUAAUCAAGGCGAACAGACUUGAAGAACUUCUGUUGACCAUCGAUGUAAAAUUCAGUGUAGUGCGAACUAUUUUUUAUUUUGCGAAGACAACUUAGAUUGUAAUCCCAAAAAGAAAUUGAAAAGCUCGUACUUCUUAUUCAAGCUUUUGUUUACACAGGACGAAUAUUGAAAAAAAGUGCAACAUUAUUACAGUUAAGCCAUGAUGUUGUCUGUGAAUUAAACACACGUCGUUCCUAUCCAAUAGCGAAUCAAUUUAUCGGUGAACUAUUUACUUAAUAUUUUGCCUUUCAAACUGGUCGUGCAUGAGGAGAAUUCCUCAGUUUCAGUUAGCCUUGUGAAAUAUUUAUCAAUUUUUGAAAAAUACAUCGCAAUUGAACUGAGUACAGUAACACGAGAGAAAAAUUCUUUUCAUUCUGAAAUCGAAUCUGAAAGCUUCACUUGACAGAAAUGUCAAACGUAGCUCAUUGUGGUCGCGGAGGAAAUUGCAAGCUUUUAAGAUGUUAAUUCAGCGUAUCCGGCAAUAUCGCUUGUUUGAUUUGCAAAAACUGUGAAAUGAGGGUGUUUUUCAAACAGUUAUUAAUACGGCUCGCAGGUGGAAAUCUUUAGGGAUUGUUAAAAAGCUACUGUGCCAGGUUAGGUCCUGUUUGUUUUUGCCGACUCGAUCCACUCGGGAACAGCAGGUAGUGAAUCUUGAUAUCAAAAGUUAAUUCAUCGUUGGUGAGUAGAUAUCGGCCCUUAAUUCCCUUGCUGAAAUUUUGUGCAUCUGUUACGAUAAAUCCCAGAAAUAUGUUCCGAAAAAGAAAUGUUUCUCUUUUAACAAAAUAACCUUCGAAAAGUGCGGAUGUUAUAGAAAUUUAAUCCUGUGUGAGUUGAAUGUUUCGCGCAAUUUAAAGAUAGUUUAAGGAUGAUCUAUUGAGCUGAAAUUAAUUCAGAUUUAGUUAAGUUCCAAGUAACGAAAAAUCUGUAAGCCAACCUAACUGCCUAAAACAAAGUCUACAAGGCAGUUUCAUUCAGUUCGCCUCCGUGAAAAGCAACUUAUUUCUGAUGUUUCAGAAACUCAUCAGUUCAUUAUGCUAAGAAAAUGAACUAGCCUGAAAAUGAUUUUGAUUUUUGAUUAUCUGUCACAGUUUCGAAAGAGCUUUAAUCUUAACUAGCCAGCGAGGUAAUGUGGGCUUUUUUGUCUAGUUCUCAGUUGCUCCGGGCGUUUUGCGUGCUGCUCGACAUUGUUACUUAAUUCACAAGCAAGUGUUAAAUUUAUCUCUGUUUUGAAAAUAAUGCUGGGUGGUCUUGACUUAAAUAUUAGAAUUUUCACUUGAUUAGUUUUAUGAAACAAAAAACAGUGGUUUCAAUGAUUUUAUUUCGUUAAUGUUCUAUUGAUUCUUUUAGAAAAUAAAAAGCCAAAGGCAGGGGGAAAAUGUUGCUGUGAAUAGGUCAAUUUUUGUUUAACUCAUUUCCAUUACAAAUUAACAACUGUAAUGCCGUUCCGCCUGAACUGAACACUUCUCUGCCAUCAUUUUAAAUAAGGCCAUUUGCAGGAUCGGUAAGCUAAAACUUUGUGUUUGUUUAUGUUUUUGUGUGUGUAUGGGUUGUUGCCGUAUUGAUCGAAUUUGUUGCAUACAUUUGUCAGCAAAAUAGUGACUUUUUCAAGCAUCUUAAUUUUUAAAAAGUACUUGAACAAUGGUGAAAAUUGCUAUAUCUUCUUAAAAUGAUUUCUCUUGAAUGUAAUUUAAGCUGUUUUAGGCCUUUUCUUGAUUUGAGAUAUCUUAAUGUACCAAAGAAAUUUGUUUUAUUCUUAAAAAAAUUCAGGGUAUAAUUUUUUGAUCCAAGGCAACAAUGAAGUGCUAUAAAGUUAUUGAAAAAAUAUUACCGCUUGAUAAGAUGUCCUAAGAAGUUAUUAUAGCAACAAUUUGACAACAAUUCUACUCUCUUUAAAUUUUGACCUGAUUGUGAAACUCUUUUUACAACACACAAAUUGAGGCUUGACAACUCAGGGGUUAAGUGAAAUUUUAUCACCUGUAUUCGUUAUCUUAAUUCAUUGUCUUAGCACUGAAAUGUGUUUUGAAAUUAAGGAAGUUAGAGAAUGUUAAAAUUGUGAGCUUCAAAAGUUUUUUUCUGUGCCUGUUCCCCNCCAGAAUAAGACCUUCACUUACGCUAGAAGCUGCAAAUAGACUCUAUAAAGCCAUGGUCCUCCCGGUUCUAGAUUAUUGUGAUGCUGUGUGGCAUGAAUGUGGACAAGGAAACAGUGACAAGAUUGAACGACUACAAAGACGAGCAGCGAGGAUCGUCUACUUCAAAGCUGCCUCAAAACUAUCAACUGAUCAAAUUAUGACUAAACUGGGCUUGGAACCUCUCUAUUAUAGAAGACGGACACACAUUUUAAGAUUUGUUGAUGAGUGCAUUGCAAAUAGAGUUCCCAGAUACCUUUCUAAUUAUUUCAAUGUAAGAAACCGUGACAUUCACCGCCACAAAACUAGAAAUAAUAAUGACCUUAUUUUAGAAAAAAUUAAUUUAGAAUGCACCAAGCGCGCUUUUUUCUAUAAAGGUGCAAAAAUUUUUAAUAAUUUUUAAUAAUUCUUAGAAUUUAUAACUGUUCGAUCUUUCGUUUAGUGCAACUAUUUUGUAAUAUUGUAAUUUGAUUUUUAUCUAUAUUUUAAAUCUUUUUUAUUUUUAUUUUUAUAUAUAUAUAUUUUUUAAUUUUUUACAGGACCUGCAUUGAUAGCAGUUUUUCCUAAAACUGAAGCAGCAAUCCUGCAUAAAUAUGUUUAAAUUAUUAUUAUUAUUAUUAUUAAUGUACCAAAGAAAUUUGUUUUAUUCUUAACAAAAUUCAGGGUAUAAUUUUUUGAUCCAAGGCAACAAUGAAGUGCUGUAAAGUUAUUGAAAAAAUAUUACCGCUUGUUAAGAUGCCCUAAGAAGUUAUUAUAGCAACAAUUUGACAACAAUUCUACCCUCUUUAAAUUUUGACCUGAUUGUGAAACUCUUUUUACAACACACAAAUUGUAGGCUUGAUAACUCAGGGGUUAAGUGAAAUUUUAUCACCUGUAUUCGUUAUCUUAAUUCAUUGUCUUAGCACUGAAAUGUGUUUUGAAAUUAAGGAAGUCAGAGAAUGUUAAAAUUGUGAGCUUCAAAAGUUUUUUUCUGUGCCUGUUCCCCAACUGAAUCUAAAGACAAUGAGGCUUCUGUAAUAUUUUGACCAGCAAAAUCAAAGAAAAAAAAAGCAAUAUUAAAUAACAACAAUAAUUUUUAUUUGGCCAAAAAAAUAUAUCUCACCCAAUUCAGACUGAGCUUUUUUUGCUUUUCUUACCACUUGAAUGUUUGGGGGCGGGGGGGGGGGUUGCUUUAGAGGUCCCCCUGUUUGCGUUCAAAAGCGCUCAUGAUUCGGCUACCAAAAGAACAAAGAAUAAUGCACCUGUCAUUUCCAGCAUCUAGGCAUAAUUUGAUUGGCACAAUGAUGUAAUUUGACGUCAUAACGACGCCAUAUUAUUGAAUUUACUGGCAGAAUCCAAAUUAAGUUGUCAUAAAGCGAAAUAUAGUUAAAUAGUAAGGUGACUGGUAAAAUCGAAAAGUUGGUUAAGUUUCAUAAUACUCAACCUCGUCCCCAGGGCGCUUUACCAGGGAAGAGCGUCCUGGGGAUGAGGUUGCAUAAUACUAAGAAUAGAAUAAAACCUUUUUCAAAAAAUAUACCUUUUAAAAAACACUGCUGUUAAAACUCGGUCGCCAUGGUAACGUCAACUUUGGCACACCCCGCGAAGACUUAAAAAUGCUCCCAGAUAAAUUUUAGGGAAAGAAGCUAACUUUGGCGGUCAUAGCAUUAGCUGUUUUGAAGUUAAGCUACCUGCAAACGGACGCAACAUUGUUAGAUGUUACAUGUUGCGUCCGUUUGCACACCCUGUUGCAUGUUGUUGGAUGUUGUUGCGUGUUGUUGCUCGAGGUUUUAAACCGGUCAACUUUUAUCCCCUUGAAAACGGGCGAAACAUUGUCGAAACAUGGGCUUUAGUAAAACUUCGAAUGAUCAAUCAUAAACUAAUGAUAGAAAUAGGCAGAUACUAUCAAACUACCAAGGAUAAUAGGCAUUACCCUUUUUGUGGAUGCAGUGUAAUAGAAGACGAAGUUCACUUUCUUUUUUAAUGUCCUACAUACUUUAUGAUUAGGAAUAAACUUUACUAUGCUAUGAAGUCAAGACUCUGAUUCCAAAUAUUACCCAGUUACCUAUAUUGGUUUGAUCAAUGAACUCGGAUGAACUCUUCUAAUUACUUUAUCAAUAUACAAUUCAUAAAAUAUAUUUCAGCUUCUUUUGAUGUUCGUGACAAAUUAUUAUCAAAGUAACGUAAUUGCCCUGUGUUGUAAUUUCGAUUACUAAAAAUAGCUUUUGCAAUACUGUAUGUGCUUGUAUAGUCAUGCAAAUAAAGCUCGUUGUUGUUGUUGUUGUUGUCGGGAGUUGAAGCGUCCGUUUGUAUGUAGCUUUAUUUAACAUAGUGAGAGGGACCACAAAAGUGCCCCCAGUCUGAAUAGGUUAAAACAGCUCUAGAUUGACAUAAAAUUUCUAAAUCUAUCAAAGUCAAGGACCUUUAAUCGCAGUCAGAAAAAAAAGGUAAUUAUAGGGUCUAAACUUUCUUUUUCCUGAAUGCGUUUGAUCAAAAAUCUCUUAGCAGAUUUUUCAUAGGAAUUCUAUGACUGAAUUUUUUUUUGUUCCUUCCAUCAAAGCACCUCAGAUUCCCGAUUUGAAAACUCGAAAACUCCAGAUAGGCAACCAAUCCAGGACGUUUUCAUUUCGAUUUCACGGAUGUGCUGUCGCACUUUGUAAUAAAAUUGUCACACUUUGUAAUACCUGUCGCACUUUGUAAUAACACUUGUCGCACUUUCUAAUAAAAAAGCUGUCGCACUUUGUAAUAAACUUGAAAUAGAUGGUCGGAGGACAAGUAAACCCAGUAAUAAGUGUCAUCAUCGACAACAACUGACAAAAUAACAACAAAAUGAUAUGGUUAAGCGCCUGCGAAUCCGAAUACGCCCAUGAAAUAAACCCAGAAGCGUCAAUAUGAGUCCGGAAAAAUGUUCUUAAGUAUAAAUAUCUUUAGACCAAUCUAUAUGAAAUAUAUCACUUCGUUGCAUCUAAUAGAGUACUAUUGUUUUACUUUCAUAGGCAAAUUACUGUGUCAGUCCCCUCAAAGGUGUCUCACUAUGUAUCUGCUUCACUGGUCAGAAAUGGAGAACGUUCAGCGGUAUUCCGGAGUAUUCGCGACAUGCUCCAUUCCUGCCUUACUGACGUUUGGUCCUUACCAAGGCCCACUAAACAUGCUCUUAAAAACUACAGAUCAUAAACAUUUGGAUUUUGUACUUGAGGUGAGACUAUCCGAUUAUUAUGCAAAUCAGUAAAUAUCAAGCAAAACUGGCAUGACAAUCUGCCCCAGCUGUCGUGGCCAGCACCACCGAUAACACUUCUCUUGUAAAGAAAGUGAAAUUUUUGUAGUUUGCGGAUCGAUAAAAAAAUUGGCAUCACUUCUUCCAAUACGGAGGUAAAACAAACCUUAAACCAUUUCCUAAAAGUGUAAGCGGUUAUUUCACAUUAACAAAUUUGAUUGAUGUGUUUCAUGGAAGCUCCGCCUUACCAAAGCGGUCAAAGUCAAACAGAAAAGACAUGUAUAAAUCAAAAGAGUGAUAGAGCAGGAUUGAGUUCGAACAGUAAUUUUCUGGGAAAAUUCUGUUAUCGAUUAUUACGUUUCAAGUUAUUCUUCUAUCACUGGAUCUCAACUUCCGGUGAUUUCGUAAGUUUGUUUGCGGUAACACGCCUCACAGGGACAAAGAAAAUGUACAUUCCAAGUACGCGCUAAGUAGAUUCCUCAGUGUAAGGAGUGUGCACACCUCUACCGGUAUUCCGUUUUCACGAACUGCGCGCGCUGCUGAUGGUGAUGCAUUCAGCAUGGUUUCGCACCUCUAUACAGCAGGCGCAUGACGAAAGAAGCGUGCUUUAUGGGGCGAUGGUUUCUUUAAACUUUUCAUUAUGUAAAAGCAUGGAGAGUAAAAUAAACCUGAAGCAACAAUUUCUUCGAUCCUUGCAGAUUUCUUACAGAUACGGUCAGCUAAUCUGGGUUAUGGACCGCCAUCUUUCUUGGGUUCCAUUUAUGAACUUUGCCCGUUGUCCAGAGGAGCAAAAUGUGGAGGUGUUCUUAAAAGAGGGCUCAUUCUACUUUCGCACCAUUCGCAGAGUGGCCCCCGGAGAAGAGCUGCUAAUAUGGCCCACAGAAGGACUCGGCAGAAGACUUAAGAUUCCAAAGCUUGUCGUCCCAAAAACUGAGCAACGUAAGAAAAGAUUUGUUUUUAUUCAGUAUUGCAUCUCGGUAGCAAAUUAAAGAAAGUUAUAAUGGCAAAAUUAAAACAGAAGAAAUACCUUGGGUACUUAAUUUCGCGUUUUUGGCGAGGCAGUAUUUCGCAGUGUUUUUUUUUUCGCGAUUUAAAUAGGAAAAUACGAAUAAGGGGUAUCAAAUUUUGCUAUUUAAGCGUUCUCAAAUAGUCUGAACUUUUAAAACUUUGUUGAUAAACUUGUGCAAUCAAAACGCAUAUGUAUGUUUUUGCACGAAUCUAGCGAUUCAGAUGAAGAUGAUUGCUAGAUUAUACACUCCAUGUGCGACUUGGUGUGGCGAAAAAAUUCUAUUUAGAAGACAAAGAUUUUCACACAAAUUCUCCUGCCAAUUAAGGCCCGUUUCAAACGUCUUGCUACUGCCGUGCCGAACUCAAUUGAUUGAAUUAAAUGCGACUUUAGCACGGCAGUAGCGCGACGUUUGAAACCAAGUCGUGCUGCUGCCGUGUAGCACAGCAAGCCUUGCCGUGCUACACGGCAGUAGCUCGACUUGGUUGCAAACAUCGUGCUACCGCCGUGCCGAACUCAAUUCAUAAAUUAUAAAUGAAUACAUUUAAAAGUUUGCUAAACCGUUUCUUUAUUUUAGUGUUGCGUUUUCGGCAACAGCCGGUCUAUUCGAUUGAAUUAAAUUCGACGUCUGAAACCAAGUCAUGCUGGUGUUGUGCUGCAGUCGGCAGUAGCACGACGUUUGAAACAGAUACACAUGAAGCACAUUGUCGCUGCGAUCAAUGUGUCGCCGCGACUUGUUGCUGCAACUCGUCGCAUAGUAAGUUUAGUCCAACCUUAAAUAUCACCUUUUGGGACCACUAAACAGUACACUUCUUGACUUUAUCACUCGAUGCCCGCCUCAUAACUUGCACAAGAACAGCAUUAAAAGUGAUAUUCCCUCCUAUAUAGCUCUUAAUUAAUAAACAAUUCAAGCGGUACUAUUACAUUCGAAGUUAGUUUGAAUCCAACCAGCCAAUCAGAGUUGCGUUUAUUCCCUCCGAUUGUUCGUGCUUUAAUCGAGAUGACGACUUCCAUACUACGGAGCCAAAGACACAGUUACUUAGGCUAUAUUCAUACUACAUCGGAUCUAGCUUUUUGUGCCGAAAGGAAAAGCUGACUGGUAUAGUACUAGACAGUGUGAACAUCACUUUAAUUAGGAAUCCGUGCGGCGCUACUUCGCUCCAUUACAAAAAACUGCGCAAAAUAACCGUUCUUAUGUGUGAACAGAAACCCUAUCCGGUUUGGUAGGGUAUUCGUGCCUGCGCAAAAGCUAUUCGGUAAAGUGUGAACGUCGCGUUAAUCAGAAUGCACCUAUAACGUCUUUCAUUAACUGUGAUCUGUACUUCAAUCACGAUUCUGGACAUUUGAGUAGAACAAAUCCUUUCCCGCCUAACAGUAACCUAAUGGGUGAGCAACACUCACAACUAAUUAGGGUUUGCCGUGCAUUAACCUGUCAAUACCGACCUUCUUCACAAGAGUUCUCGCCGAAGGCGAAAGACAAUUAUAGUUUAUACGUCACAUGACUCCUGUCCUAACAGGCACUGCUUUUACUCGAUUUAGCAUUCAGGUUACCCCAGAGUUCCAAUUAAACUGCAGAUACCUGACACCGUAUAUCAAAUUAAAGCUAAUUUAAUUGGCAUUCUUAAUAAUCCAACAGUUGUUUGAAAAAUUGCACUGUCAAUUUUGUUUAGGAAUUUUUUAAUGGGAACGUCCGAAUCAGCUUUCGAAAACUUAAACUCGAAGCGAUGUUUAUUGUUUACUAAUUUGAUUUGCUCAAGUGUUUUGGUAGUCAAAGCCCUAAAAAAAGUGUCGGGGGUUCCCUUUUUCGCUUGCAAUCAAAAAUUUCAAAACAAAUUGGACAUAACGCUAAAAAAAAGAUGUUGGAUGAUCGAUCAAAAAUGCCUGUCAACAAAAAAGGUUUUAUUAAAACAAAAAAUUUUGCCACACGUUUUUAAUUUGUUGCUUACACAUUAAAGUAACAUUCCUCAAAAUUCUACGUCAAUCGAUCAAAUUCCCUUGGAGUUAUAGCUUCUUAAAGUAUCCCCUCUGAGCGAAUAAUAUAAGUUGAGAAAAAGAGGCGAUUAAAAAAAUUCCCUCGCUUCGUAAACAAACUCCGCCCACAAAUACUUCUCAGGAAUCUGGGCCAAUCCGCGCUUCAAUAACAUUACUUCAGUUCGAUUUUUGGGGGCUCUUUCUAUUUUCAAACAACCUCACGUUUCGACUUUCGAGCCACAUUUGCAUUGGGAUCAAUAGUGAGAUCACUUUUUCUCAGUUAAAGCUGUGGAAAUGAAAGACUACAAAUGCAGCCACGCUUGGUCAAAAACCAAACCGGCCGGUAGAAGGGAAAGUUCGGCGGCUUCCACUGGGCCGACUAGUAUUGACAUAGAGAGAGGAUGAUAUAAUUUAACAGCAAUGUUGAGUCGCUAGCUAAAAGAAAAACAGUCCCGAUUAUUCAUCCACCGGCUGCAUUGAAAUUCCCGCGAAAAACACCAUUGGCUUUCAAUCAAAUUGAAAGAGUAACUUUUACUUCCGGUACAAACAAAAAACCGUCAUUUCUCCACCAAAAUUUAAUCUUUUACAUUUUUUGUUUUUGUUUUUGUUUUUGUUUUUGUUGUUGUUGUUGUUUUUUUUUUUCAUAAAGAUCACACUUAAACCUUUACUAUGAGCCAAAUAUCAUAAUUUUGACAAAAGUUUCCAUCUGAAGGUAUCCGCCGGUAACCUCAACAAAAGAUAGAGCCAUAUUUGGAUUAAAGGAUGAAUUCCAGCUUUACUUGAACUCUGGUGAUCUGAUUUUCACAAAAGCAUUCAAGUCUUCAGUAUAUUUUCUCCAAAUAUUUUAGAUGCAAUUUAACGUUUAACGAAAGUCGAAAUGUUUCUAAUCUUCCUCUCUCUAUCACAUUAAUUUUCGAUUAUCCGAAAUUUUUUAGGUCUCCUUUUUGUACGAAAAAUAGCCUAACUUGCAUGGGGAGUGAAAUACGAAAAAUUAACCUUCAGAAAAUCGUGGGAAUUUUUUAGAUAAACUUCGAAAAUUGCACAUUGCAUUUUCUCGCGAGCAGACUAUGGAAUAAAAGCUAAUAAAUAUGUCCACGCGCCUCCUAAUAGAAAAACGGUAUCAGUAAAACCUGCAGUAAAUAGCAGGUAGAUCCCCUGUAUUAUCCGGUCAGAUGCUGUUGAGCGCAUUGCGCUAAUUUUUUCCCUCAAUGAACUCUGGCCUAAGGUAGCGCUUGCAAGCACUUUGAUUUCAAAGGCGUGAACUUGGAUUAUGUUUGAUCUACUAAUGUCCCAUCGAUGUGACUGUAGGGUUCCCUCUCAACGAUGAAAAGCCCCCCCCCCCCCCCUGUCUGAAUAGGGUUAACGUAGUGAGAGGGACCUCAAAAGUGCCCCCAGUCUAAAUACUAGGUUAAAACAGCUUUAGAUUGACAUAAAAUUUCUAAAUCUAUCAAAGUCAAGGACCUUUAAUCGUAGUUAGAAAAAAAAGGUAAUUAUAGGGUCUAAACGUUCUUUUUCCUGAAUGCGUUUGAUCAAAAAGCUCUUAGCAGAUUUUUCGAAGGAAUUCUAUGACUGAAUUUUUUUUUGUUCCUUCCAUCAAAGCACCUCAGAUUCCGGAUUUGAAAACUCGAAAACUCCAGGUAGGCAACCAAUCCAGGACGUUUUCAUUUCGAUUUCACGGACGCGUCUGCUUGUAAACGGCAAAACAAAUCCGGUACCAAAAUGCAAGCGACAAAUUCGGAAAAAUCUCGCGUUAUAUUGUAAAAGUAGUCUUAUAAGUAUAAACAUAUAUUUAGACCAAUAUAUGAAAUAUAUCACUGCGUUGCAUCUAAUAGAGUACUAUAAUAAUUGUGUCACUUUCAUAGGCAAAUUACUGUGUCAGUCCCUUCAAAGGUGUCUCACCAUGUAUCUCCUUCACUGGUCAGAAAUGGAGAACGUUCAGCGGUAUUCCGGAGUAUUCGUGACAUGCUCCAUUCCUGCCUUACUAACGUUUGGUCCUUACCAAGGCCCACUAAACAUGCUCUUAAAAACUACAGAUCAUAAACAUUUGGAUUUUGUACUUGAGGUGAGACUAUCUGAUUGUUAUUCCAUUCAGUAAAUAUCAAGCAAAACUGGCAUGGCAAUCUGCCCCGGCUGUCGUGGCCAGCAUUACCAAUAAAACUUCUCUUGUAAAGAAAGACAGUGAAAUUUUUGUAGUUUGCGGAUCGAUCAAAAAUUGGUAUCACUUCCCCCAAUACGGAGGUAAAACAAACCUUAAACCAUUUCCUAAAAGUGUAAGCGGUUAUUUUACAUUAACAAAUUUGAUUGAUGUGUUUCAUGGAAGCUCCGCCUUACCAAAGUGGUCAAACUCAAACAGAAAACAGAUGUAUAAAUCAAAAGAGUGAUAGAGCUGGAUUGAGUUCGAACAGUAAUUUUCUGGGAAAAUUCUGUUAUCGAUUAUUAUGGGGCGAUGGUUUCUUUAAACUUUUCAUUAUGUAAAAGCAUGGAGAGUAAAAUAAACCUAAAGCAACAAUUUCUUCGAUCCUUGCAGAUUUCUUACAGAUACGGUCAGCUAAUCUGGGUUAUGGACCGCCAUCUUUCUUGGGUUCCAUUUAUGAACUUUGCCCGUUGUCCAGAGGAGCAAAAUGUGGAGGUGUUCUUAAAAGAGGGCUCAUUCUACUUUCGCACCAUUCGCAGAGUGGCCCCCGGAGAAGAGCUGCUAAUAUGGCCCACAGAAGGACUGGGCAGAAGACUUAAGAUUCCAAAGCUUGUCAUCCCAAAAACUGAGCAACGUAAGAAAAGAUUUGUUGUUAUUCAGUAUUGCAUCUCGGUAGCAAAUUAAAGAAAGUUAUUAUGGCAAUUUAAACAGAAGAAAUACCUUGGGUACUUAAUUUCGCGUUUUUAGCGAGGCAGUAUUUCGCAGGGUUUUAUUUUCGCGAUGUAAAUAGGAAAAUACGAAAAAGGGGUAUCAAAUUUUGCCAUUGAAGCGUUCUCAAUUUCAUUAUAUUUCUCAAAUAGUCUGAACUUUUAAAAAUUUGUUGAUAAACUUGUGCAAUCAAAACGUAUAUGUAUGUUUUUUCACGAAUCUAGCGAUUCAGAUGAAGAUGAUAGCAAGAUUAAACACUCCAUGUGUGAAAUCUUUUUUUAUUUCACAACAGAAGAUACAACAUGGAGUUUACCAGUAAAUGUGUCGAUACAUAUCUUGUAUAUGUUGUUGUUAUUACAUGUUAAUCAUUUUUCUGUGAUUUUAAUGUUCUGUAUGGGUAUUAAAUUUUGCAUGUUUAAAGUUCGCGAUUUUUUUACAAUCGCGAAAAACGCGAAAUUAAUUACCAAUAAGGCAGAAGAAAAACAAUUAAAAUAUACAUAUCCACAAUAUUACCAGUGCAGUAGUGGACCAACCCUGCAUGGUUGGUGAGGGAUCGGUUUGGACCCAGUCAUCAAAUCAUAAAUCAAAUGUUUUGGAAUAUAUCAGUUUUCUUUUGUCAGACAAAGACGAAGGCUCAAAAUUUGCGAAAUGGACGCACUCUUUGAGCUCCGAUCUGAGACAUUUUGUGACGUUUAUUGUAUGUUUUUGUCUUUUAAAACCACUUUUCUAUGAUUGAAAAACCUUUCUCAAUUCAAAAAGGGUAUUCAUGCAAUUCACUUCACUAGCACUUUAGAUUCCCCUCGUUUUAAAAGUUCGGAACACACUAGGUGACUGGUUGCAGCCAAAGAGAACACGUCGCAGCGACAAAUCGCUUCGCGUGUAGUAGAGAAUUCUUGUGAAAAUCUUUGCGGCUCCGCAACAGAAUUUGUCGCCGCAACAAGUCUCCUAAAUUCAGUCUGAUGUAGUUUUCUGCGACUUGGUGUAGCGACAAAAUUCUGUUUAGAAGACAAAGAUUUUCUCAAAAAUUCAUCCUGCCAAUUAAGAGUACACAGGAAUCAAUUUGUCGUUGUGAUCGAUGUGUCGCCGCGACUAGUUGCUGCAAGUUGUCUCCUGGUGUGUUUAGUCUAACCUUAAAUAUCACAUUUUGGGACCACUAAACAGUACACUUCUUGACUUUAUCACUCAAUGCCCGCCUCAUAGCUUUCACAAGAACAGCAUUUAAAGUGAUAUUCCCUCUUAUAUAGCUUUUGAUUAAGAAACAAUUCAAGCGGUACUAUAAUUACAUUCGAAGUUAGUUUGAAUCCAACCAGCCAAUCAGAGUUGCGUUUAUUCCCUCCGAUUGUUCGUGCUUUAAUCGAGAUGACGACUUCCAUACUACGGAGCCAAAGACACAGUUACUUAGGCUAUAUUCAUACUACAUCGGAUCUAGCUUUUUGUGCCGAAAGGAAAAGCUGACUGGUAUAGUACUAGACAGUGUGAACAUCACUUUAAUUAGGAAUCCGUGCGGCGCUACUUCGCUCCAUUACAAAAAACUGCGCAAAAUAACCGUUCUUAUGUGUGAACAGAAACCCUAUCCGGUUUGGUAGGGUAUUCGUGCCUGCGCAAAAGCUAUUCGGUAAAGUGUGAACGUCGCGUUAAUCAGAAUGCACCUAUAACGUCUUUCAUUAUAGCUGUGAUCUGUACUUCAAUCACGAUUCUGGACAUUUGAGUAGAACAAAUCCUUUCCCGCCUAACAGUAACCUAAUGUGUGAGCAACACUCACAACUAAUUAGGGUUUGCCGUGCAUUAACCUGUCAAUACCGACCUUCUUCACAAGAGUUCUAAGUCCGUCGAAGACGAAAGACAAUCAUAGUUUAUACGCCACACGACUCCUGUCCUAACAGGCACUGUUUUUACUCAAUUUAGCAUUCAGGUUACCCCGGGUACUUUCAGGGGUGUCUCACGCGCAAGUUAUGUAAAGAGUUCCAAUUAAACUGCAGAUACCUAACACCGUAUAUCAAAUUAAAGCUAAUUAAAUUGGCAUUCUUAAUAAUCCAACAGUUGUUUGAAAAAUUGCACUGUCAAUUUUGUUUAGGAAUUUUUUAAUGGGAACGUCCGAAUCAGCUUUCAAACUAAAACUCAAAGCGAUGUUUAUUUUUUACUCAUUUGAUUUGCUCAAGUGUUUUGGUAGUCAAAGCCCUAAAAAAAGUGUCGGGGUAUUCCCUUUUUCGCUUGCAAUCAAAAAUUUCAAAACAAAUUGGAAAUACCGCUAAAAAAAAGAUGUUGGAUGAUCGAUCAAAAAUGCCUGUCAACAAAAAAGGUUGAUUGAAACCAAAAAUUUUCCGACACGUAAAAAAUUCUCAAAAUUCUAAGUUAAUCGAUCAAAUUCCCUCGGAGUUGUAGCUUCUUAAAGUGUCCCCUCUGAGCGAAUAAUAUAAGUCGAGAAAAAGAGGCGAUUAAAAAAACUCCCUCGCUUCGUAAACAAACUCCGCCCACAAAUACUUCUCAGGAAUCUGGGCCAAUCCGCGCUUGAAUAAGAUUACUUCAGUUCGAUUUUUGGGGGCUCUUUCUAUUUUUAAACAACCUCACCUUUCGACUUUCGAGCCACAUUUGCACUGGGAUCAAUAGUGAGAUCACUUUUUCUCAGUUAAAGCUGUGGAAAUGAAAGACUACAAAUGCAGCCACGCUUGGUCAAAAACCAAACCGGCCGGUAGAAGGGAAAGUUCGGCAGCUUCCAAUGGGCCGACUAGUAUUGACAUAGAGAGAGGAUGAUAUAAUUUAACAGCAAUGUUGAGUCGCUAACUAAAAGAAAAACAGUCCCGAUUAUUCAUCCACCGGCUGCAUUGAAAUUCCUGCGAAAAACACCAUUGGGUUUCAAUCAAAUUGAAAGAGUAACUUUACUUCCGAUACAAACGAAAAACUGUCAUUUCUACACCAAAAUUUAAUCUUUUCCAUUUUUUGUUUUUGUUUUUGUUUUGAUUAUUUUUUUUUCAUAAAGAUCACACCUAAACCUUUACUAUGAGCCAAAUAUCAUAAUUUUAACAAAAGUUUCCAUCUGAAAAUAUCCGCCGGUAACCUCAACAAAAGAUAGAGCCAUAUUUGGAUUACAGGAUGAAUUCUAGCUUUACUUGAACUCUGGUGAUCUAAUCUUCACAAAAGCAUUCAAGUCUUCACUAUAUUUUCUCCAAAUAUUUUAGAUGCAAUUUAACGUUUAACGAAAGUAGGAAUGUUUCUAAUCGUCCUCUCUCUAUCACAUUAAUUUUCGAUUAUCCGAAAAUUUUUAGGUCUCCUUUUUGUACGAAAAAUAGCCUAACUUGCAUGGGGAGUGAAAUACGAAAAAUUAAACUUCAGAAAAUCGUGGGAAUUUUUUUCGAUGAGCUUCGAAAAUUGCACAUUGCAUUUUCUCGCGAGCAGACUAUGGAAUAAAAGCUAAUUAAUAUGUCCACGCGCCUCCUAAUAGAAAAACGGUAUCAGUAAAACCUGCAAUAAAUAGCAGGUAGAUCCCCUGUAUUAUCCGGUCAGAUGCUGUUGAGCGCAUUUCGCUAAUUUUUUCCCUCAAUGAACUCUGUCCUGAGGUAGCGCUUGCAAGCACUUUGAUUUCAAAGGCAUGAACUUGGAUUAUGUUUGAUCUACUAAUUUUCCAUGGAUGUGACUGUAGGGUUCCCUCUCAACGAGUACCCUAGCUGCCGUAGAAUUAUUAUUGUAAGAAUCUGCAAACCUUCAAAUGUUACGGGAAGGGAUUCUGUUCUUUUUAUCGCGGCCUAAUGGUAUGGAAGCCGGAGUGUUUCCUCUCUUAAAGUGUCGGAGCAAAGGUUAGUCCCUCAACAAUGUCUAAAUAACUAUUUUUGGGUCAAGAGCUAUAAUCUGACCUAAAAAAUUUAACAAUUUCUUGCCCUUGUUAACACUUAAUAUUCCGGUCUUAUUUAACUAUGGAUCCGUGCACUAUUUUAUAUGUUUCCGAUAACAGUGAGUUAGAAUUGUAAGGCUAGAACUGGAUUUCUUUGUUUUCGGUCAGAGGGUGUUAAUUUGCUGAGGCUUCUAUCCCUAUGGGCUCCUGUCCUAACUUCUAGCUAUUCACCCACUCUGCUUUCCUUACACUUUUUCUGGUUUGAGGAGUGAUUAGAGUUACUAUCCAGUUAUUUUGAGAAAAGACUUAAGCUCAAUACUUCUCUCGGGAAAGCGUGUUUGCAUACGUGGAGUUUAUCACAAUGCAGAUCCGAACAUUUCUAUAAGUCUCACUUCAAGAUGAACCUUUUUUGCUUCACUUUUAGGCAACAUGAAAGCUCAUAGAAAUACGCCAGAUGAAAACAAAAAAAAUUAACUCCAUUGUCUGUUCAUAAACCGAAAAUUGACUUUUUUAAACUACUAUUUACAACACUCAAUAAAAGCUUUUUUCAAAUUAGCUCGCACUACCAAAGAAAAGUAAAAUUUCUAGUAAAACUAUACUCUUUAAUAAAAUAGGAUCUCUUACUGAGUUAUAAAAGAGACAACAGUUCGACCAAACUCAAGAUUUUUUUAAAAGCUUUCAUAGACCUUACUGACUUUAUUGCCGCGACAGAUAACUAAAAGCCGAUAAUCGCUACGUAAAGAGCGCCUAUUAUGUCCAUGUAAAAAUAAGCGUUACUAAGCAGACCAGCUCGUUNGACGGAGUGCUUCCUCUCUUAAAGUGUCGGAGCAAAGGUGAGUCCCUCAACAAUGUCUAAAUAACUAUUUUCGGUCUAGAGCUAUAAUCUGACCUAAAAAAUUUAACAAUUUCUUGCCCUUGUUAACACUUAAUAUUCCGGUCUUAUUUAACUAUGGAUCCUUGCACUAUUUUAUAUGUUUCCGAUAACAGUGAUUUAGAAUUGUAAGCCUAGACCUGGAUUUUUUUGUUUUCAGUCAGAGGGUGUUAAUUUGCUGAGGCUUCUAUCCCUAUGGGCUCCUGUCCUAACUUCUAGCUAUUUACCCACUUUGCUUUCCUUACACUUUUUCUGGUUUGAGGAGUGAUUGGAGUUAUUAUCCAGUUAUUUUGAGAAAAGACUUAAGCUCAAUACUUCUCUCGGGAAAGCGUGUUUGCAUACGUGGUAUUUAUUACAAUGCAGAUCCGAACAUUUCUAUAAGUCUCACUUCAAGAUGAACCUUUUUUGCUUCACUUUUAGGCAACAUAAAAGCUCAUAGAAAUACGCCUGAUAAAAACAAAAAAAAUUAACGCCAUUGUCUAUUCAUAAACCGAAAAUUGACUUUUUUAAACUACUAUUUACAACACUCACUAAAACUUUUUUCAAAUUAGCUCUCUACUACCAAAGAAAAGUAAAAGUUGCUAGUAAAACUAUACUCUUUAAUAAAAUAGGAUCUCUUACUGAGUUAUAAAUGAGACAACAGUUCGACCAAACUCAAGAGUUUUUUAAAAGCUUUCAUAGACCUUACUGACUUUAUUGCCGCGACAGAUAACUAAAAGCCGAUAAUCGCUACGUAAAGAGCGCCUAUUAUGUCCAUGUAAAAAUAAGCGUUACUAAGCAGACCAGCUCGUUCUUGAGGUAUUUUUAUUGUGCGUUAGUUAUACAGACACAAUAACGCGUAGCAUGUGUCCGUAUUGUUCUACUCAUUUAGCGUAAUUGAGUGGUAAGAGAUUCAAGAGGCAUUUGUAAUUUGCAUCUUAGAAACCUCUCACAUGACGUGACUUGUUAAGCCCUGAAUGGGUGUAACUAAUAAAAGUUCUUGUUCUGAUCCGGUACUGAAGUUGUGAUCAUAAAAUCGGCAGCUCCAAAUUACAUUACCAGCGACCAAGAUGUACCUUAAGUAAACUUUGCGCUGUUUUUUUAAUACCCGGUUAUAUUUAAUUUGCAAGGUAGAGCUAAUAUUUAGAGAUGUCAGAAAUUUUACAAGGAGGCAUAAAACUCAACGUCUGAGAUUAAAAAAUUUAAGAAUAAUGUUUCCAUUCUUGUCACUUUUCUCAUAGCUUAAUCAUUCUUUUAAUAGCAAUAUGUAUUUUUCAUUCGCGUUUUUUUUAAUUUCAAUAUGUCCAAUCGUUUAAGCUGAUAUAAUCUUGUAUUGAAGUAUCGUUGAUCAUUGUUCCAAUAUAUUAAAAUUAAAGUUGUUCAUGAAACCCGUUUUUAUAGCUUUUGCAGAAUGAGCUUUCUAUCAUUUGCUUUGUACUUCAUAGCUACCGAAGGCUAGCCGUUCCGGACAGAGGUUUUAAAAAAGUAAAUAAACAAGUCACUGGACCGGCCAUGAUGCUAAGAAAAAUGUGCAAAGAUCUAAGUGAGAGCCACAUGUACUAGGCUUCUGUCAGGAAAUUGCGAAACUAACUUUUUGAGUGGGUUUUUCUUAUAUUGAUUUAGUGCUAUUAAUGCCGAAUGAGAGCUAGCGUGAUCGACAGUUCUCGAUUUCUGCUAACAUGUGGUUUUAUUGUUCUGAUAAAAGGACAUUGAGCAAUCAGUUUUAUGAUUCCACUUGCAUACAUAAAGUGCAACAGAAGGCGAGUUCUAAAAAGUAACCGUCCUGAUACUGAGAAACAGGCUAAUAUAAAGCCGUUUAUGCCGCGUUAAGGUCAUUAUUAUAAAUUUGAGUUAUAUCAGGAAUGUACAUUUCCUUCUCUCCUGGACUUAACAUUAUAGUAUUAUCUCAAUUCACUUCAAUGCUAUUGUUGUAUCGACUUGAUUUUAAGUGAAUAGGUUACAUGAUACCUUAGUUUGAUUUCUUCGAAACAAGAUUAUUCAGAUUAAUAAUUUAAGUACCUCGCUUAAUUACCAUCAAGAACCGUAGUUGUUCUCUCGUCUCCCUCUAUGUAACGAUUGCAAUAUAUGAACAAGUCGCGAGCAAAGGAUAUUGUUUAUUGACCAAAACCUGCCAACGCCCAAGUUCCAUUGUACACAUGUUGAAUUCAAAAUAUUCUCUUGCGGAGUCAGAUUAAAAGAAUAUAACUUAAACUAAAUAAUCAAUUCCCACAGAGCAUCUUCAAAUAAGGGAUCAAUAAUUUCACGUUGUAAUGUGUUACUGGGCAAAAGCAGCCGGUACGAACCCGCAAAAUCAGGCCUAAACAUGUGGCUUAUUGUACAGAAUCACUCGCGCAGAAAAUUACACCGCAUUAAUGGCAACAUUCUCUAUUAUUUUUAGCAGGAACCUAACUUCUUUAAGAAUUGUCCUCCUUACUGUUGCGUCAACCAAAAAACAGAAACAAUCAGGAUUUCCUGUCCCGGAGAGAGCCUUAUGCAAGAAACAGAUGGACUAAUUUCUUUUUUAAUCGAUUAACUCUUUGAGCGCCAGGCAUUAUUUACGGUUUUAAAGGUUAAAGAAAAUAGUAUUCGCCUCGGAAAAUGAAGAAAUACUAAAUUCAGUUGAAACUAAAAAAAAAAAAAGCUAAAAGAUAGUCAAGCUACGACACCCAAGAAAAUUUCUGGUGUAGGUAAAAAUAUGAAAUCUUUGAAUAAAGUACUCGGGUUGAUUUUAAUUCAUCGCCAAAAGCCCGCGAAAGUGUACAAGUCUAAUAGUUUUCAUGGUGCGAGGUUUAUUCUUUCGCGGCUAAUGUUUACUGAAGAAAUAGUUUACCGACAGGUGGUAUAUUCAAGUUAAAUAUGUAUAAUCGUUUUGGUCCGUUAAUGAUACAAUAGUGCUUUUCAAAACAACUUCAAUUUAUUAGGUGUUUAAAAGAAGAUGUGGAAGAAAAAUACGUAUGGUACUUUGGAACAUAUGAGAUGAAUUUUACCGUAUCUUUAUUUGAUAUUCACUAUUAAAUAUUCAAUGGCAUCUUCAGCGAACGGCAACAGUCAGCUCUCUUAACGGAUGAAUGCAUCUAUUAAAAAUUAGGAUUUUGCACUAAAAGAAGGAUAAACAAUAAUCCCAAAGUCAACAACCUUUUUGCACUGCCGAGUUUGCAAAUUUAGGAAAAAUUACCGAUAAAUUACUUGAAAGUAAGAUAGCACGACAGAUAAAUAAGGAAAAUGAAAAGAAACUGGCCAUUUCACCGACAAAUAGUCUAUUUAAUGAAACCAUGAAUACAAGAAAAUUAUAUUUCAGAACUGCGGGACAAGGAAUUAAAUGUAAGGAAUCACGAUUAUCGUAGUUUCAGACUCAACUUUUGCAGUUGCAAGAUAAAGGUAGCUGUACAAGAUUCGAACUCUUGACCUCCGCGAUAAUGGUGCAGCACUCUGGUUAAUAGAGACUGCGGUAUCAGGAACUUAAUGCCGUGAAACAAAGUAUGUAAAGAGGUUUCUACUGACCACUUCAAUAGAUUUUACAGAUGUCAUACCCUAUAUUAAGCUACAAUGGAAUCCUGAUUUCCCGAAACACCUUGGGAAAAGCCGAUUGGUUCGAAUUAUCUUGAGGCUUAAAAAGACGGGGUUAAAAUUGCAGCUUUUCACAGUUAAAGGGAAGAAUAAUCGGGAAUUUCGAAAAACCGAGGGUUCGAAAUAUCGGAAGAGUACAUAAAGAAUUUACUCGUUAUUCUUGUCUUGGCAAUUUUUCAUUUUUGUAUAAUUUUGCCUCACUCAUGUCACUGAAAAUUCAGUUUAAUAAAUUAGGGCUGUAAAAAGCUGCACGCGUUGACCAGCAUAUUUUUCAUCAAUUAUAAAUGUAUGAGAAGUGUACAGGUAUAGUUUAACUGGGCCUCGUCCACGCGAAAUCCGGAUAUUUCUUUUUCACACGAAUAGGGCGCGGAUGAAUGAGUGCGGUUGCACGUCUUUCACUGGUUUCGUGUGGACCGAGGGUCAAUUCGUAUCUAACUGUGAAAUAUGCGGUUUCAAAAAUAUCCGUCGGAAUUCGUGUGGAAGGGGCCUUGGUAAAUGUUUUGAGAAAAGUAUCAAAAACAAAAUGUUGUUAUAUAGCUGAGGUUCACUGCCAAACGAUUGUUUCUCGAGGAAGUAGAGUACGUGGGGAAAAAAAACAAACAAGAAAAACCUUCAAACCAAAAUAAAAUACUAAAAGAUUCUAAUAUGCGAAGUCAACGCGCUGAGCGGGCGGGGGCCGAGGUAUGCUUAUUUGCUCUUUUUGACUGCAUCUAAUCGAAAGGGAGAGACAACCACCGUCUUCCGCUACUAAGCAAAGCAAGCUGUCAUACAAGGUAUCUGUAUUGUUCAGGUAACAUGUGAUUUCUUUGUUUUUGUCUUUCUUUGUUAAACAGUGUUCGCAUGAGUUAAUAACUCUGCUGGCGACCAAUCUGGCAAAUUCAGUCUCUGUGUGUUACGACAAACACUUCUGCAAAUUCGAGAAGUUGCCGCAGCUAGCAUGCAGUUAAUAGCUAGGCUUUCUUCCGCUCUGUUCAAAGUUAAAAACAGUCCAACUUCAAAAGACAUUUCUGCACGGGGUGCAAUUUACAAAAGAUUGUAUCAAGCCUAUUCUUUUUUAAUUUCACUUUAAUUUGCCUUCAUAAUUAUUAUGGAACAAAACAACACUGAGAAAUCUGUGUUGCUUUUUCUGAGAGAAUAUAGUGCAAAAAGUUGCUUAGGUGCGGAGCUAAAUGGGAAAUUGAAGCUCGCGUGAACUUCUUACUUGUUUCGUUUUCGUUUCUCUUAAUCACAUCAAUCUGACUAAAAAUAAAAGUGAUUUUUCUGCAAAAGAUAAAUGAUUUAUAACAUUACUUUGUUUCGUUUUUGAUUGCAACAAUCGCCUUUGAAGGUUGUUUUCCAGUUUAAAUGAGUCAUUUCGGAAAAAAAAUAUGACGAUGUUACAAAAAAUGACGACUACACAUGCCAAAUUGGUGUGGUAGAUUCAGAAGGUCCGUGUUUAUCCAAACUUUGAUUAACGCAUCAAUUUAUAUCCGAUAAUUGCUUUUCAGUUCAAAGAAAAAUUGAGAAAAUCACAACUUAUAAUAUCUCGUUAUUAUUCUUUUCAUAAAAGGUCUCUGUUUAGUUUAAUUCUCGGCUUUUCAAUUGCGCCUUUUAUGAAAUCUUCUUGUUCUUCUUGCAAACGAACUCUUGUAUAAUUUGUCUAAAAUGUAUGACAAUGAGCAAUGAUUUGUUCAUAUGCAUCUUUUCGUGCCUUCUGCGAUUAAACGUUGCGUUAAAAAAUGGGACAUUAAUGCUCUUUUCUGGUUUAACCCUUGCGAACAAGUCUUAUUACUACUGGUGUCGACUGGUAUAUAAUUUGUUGAGUCUAUGCCGCAGCUUGCUUCACGUCUCACGUUUGAAUGCAUUUACAAGCUUUUAUAAGAAAAAGUGCUGAUCUCCAUGUGCAAGAAUUUUUUUAUAUAUGUAUACAUCACAGAAAAAUUGUUUAUGACUUUAAAAGCAAGUGAAAAGAAAAGAAAGUUUAAUUGAUUUUGUAAAAGACAUUGUCGCGUGGUUUUCAGGGUGAUAAGAGAAUAUGAAAAUAUAAGUAGUUAAUUGAUAUCUCUACAAACAAUGGAAAAAUUUUCAUAUGAUGAUGAUUUUCCUUUUCCAAUAAACGUGAUGGCGUAAUCGAUAUUCCUAGCAAAAAUCCUUUGCCUUUUUUCCGAAAAUUGUACAAUUUUUGGGAUUGCUCCGAAGAUACCGAAAAGCUCAAGAAAAAGUGACUGCCCUCCCUUGGAGACAAACGGCCAUAUUUUAUCGCGAAUUUUUCAGUCAGAGCUACGCUAAUGUUACCAGAAAAGUACAAAUGUUGUUUACUACCUUAACACCUUCGGAGUGAAAUCAAUUUCCGGUGUCUAGGAAACACGACAAGAAUGAAUUCAAUCUAUAAAAUGUUUAGUUGGGAUAUCAAGGGACGUAGUGAUCAAAUUGUAGCGCUUUGUCAGUGAAGUAACUAAGUGCGAUUUUCGUUACUGCGGAAGCAUUUCGAUUUAUUAGAAGCCACUACUUUUUCUUCCAAGAUGGAACAGUUGUUUGAUUCUCAUUACGACAAUCAGUGUUAAAGUACCAUGUAGAACCGUAACAAGUAAAGGAAUUCUGUUGCCACACCUUCGAGGUUCCUUCCAAGUUAUCGCGGUCAACCAACUACAAAUGGCUUAUAUUUACUUCUCUUAUUUCCAGCCGACUUUCUUGCAGAUAAAAAAUAACAAAUUGUUCAAAAAUUCUCCAACUCCUUGUUGAGUAAUAGAGAAUAUUUCGCGUCGUUACUGCUCACUUAAUUGUGCUGAUGUUAUUUAUCUAAGGAGCUGGUAGCAGCUUUUGUUUUGCUUCGUCGGAUUGCAUUCUCUCACAUUAAGCCAUGGCGAACAAAACAUUUCCUGUUCGUAGGUACUUUCAUUGUGGCGCUAGGGUUAACAAUGCAACACGUGCAUGGCCUUAACAUGUCUGUUAAACGCAACCGUAAGUCAUUUAAAGUCCAUUUUUCUUGGUCCGGUACCCGGGUGCCUCAAAUAAUCUACUAAAAUGGCUCACCCGUUUGGCGUUCCGUGGCUACUUUCUAGUUCGCUGGUAAGAGUGAUUUUACCCGUUAACUUAGUUAUCCCUGUGUACCGAAGGAGACUGCACGGUCUGAGACUUCGAACUUGCUUUUGCAUCUGUUGGCUUAGGAUACAUUCCAAGGACAAAAGAUUUCCCUUUUCAGCCGCGUGUCGAAAUUAUAUAUGUAUAAAGCGUGAUACAUCUAUUGUGUGGGUUGAACAGCCAUCCCUUUGUGGCAAUUCUAAGAUAUAUAGGCAGCAAAGGGCGAACUAAACAACUCGACACCGAGCUCGUAACGGGUCACGUGCAAUGACCACGGCCACCAUUUGGCACCUGCUAAAAGGACGAUCUUGAAUCAAAAAGCGUGGUAAAACUUUUUUAUCUACCGGUUUAUCGCUGGUUAUGCUUCCAACGUCCUAGCUCUUGCAGAGCGGCUCAGCUGUUUGCAAAGUGCAGCUUACGUAUUCUAACCGCUUCCCGAUUUCGCCCAGGCAACGGCGCCCAUUAUAACACGGAGCAAUUUAAAAAGCACAACAGACAGCGUAAUUUGAUUGGCCGGAGUCAUUAACAAAAGAUCUAACAAUAGAAUUGAAUGACCCUCGUGGCAAAGUUUAUUGUCUUAAAAAUCAGUGAACUUUACUUAGCGCAGUACACUAAUCGAGUUUCUCCCAUUCUCCGCCUAACGCAGAUAGUUAUCAUCGGCGCACCCCGAAAACUUAAACUACAUUAAAUGACCACUUAUUUUGAAAAAAUUUGAUAUUUCCCGGCCGAUAGUGGUGAAGCUAAUUACAGCAUGGCUGGUUAAUUAUAAAUAUAGCAUUGAAUAUUAAUAACUCUCCGCGCUCGAGCGCCGAUAUUAUUUAAGUUGUAAGCCAGUAGCGAAGGCGGAGGAACCUAGGGCCUUUCGCACGUGUCACUGAAUCGCUGUUUGGCUGUCCCGUGAAACGCGCUUCUGAUUGGCUGGUUUAAUAGCACGUGUCAUUAACUUUGCUACACCUGUCGGUUCUUUCACAGGUGAAUACCAAUAUAUUUGUCACCACUGCUCGCAAGUGUUUGCAUUCCCAAACACACUUAAAACGCACAUCGCAUUUGAGUGUGCCACAAACCGUACGAAGAGCUAUAAAGAGACCCUGCUUCACAGUCAGCGAGCACACUCACACACCAGUCAACUUUCAAGUAGAAACAACCCGUUGAACAGGCGGCCGAGAAUGAGCACUUUGUUCCUGAGUCCAAACUCGGAUACGGACGGGAUACAGGUAUCUAAACAGGACACUGAUCCAGCGCUAGGUCUAAAACAUGAUGGAGAAUCGACUAGGAGUCAUCACCAUAAUGGCAGCGGUUUCUUAUCCGACGUGUCAGUACACGAUGACAAAAACGGAGGCCAUUCCUCAUCUGGACUUAAUUUAUCCAACAGUAUGCCGGGUUCUUUGAAUGGCUUAAAUGGCUUUAAUAGCUUCAACAACCUCUCACUGGCCAUGAAUCAGUUUCCUUUCCUCUCAAAUUUCAACACCGACUCGUUCCUGAUGAAGGAAAGCCCAAAGUCGCUGCAAAGUUCAGGAGGAGAGAGCUCCACAUCAUCCAAAGCCUCACCGCCUGGAUUUUUGAUGCACUCAAGCUCCGACUUGCAGGUCGUCAGAUCUCCAGACAAGCUCCAGCCUGUUCUUACGCCGCUAACCCCUGUGAGUUUGCCUUCCUUUACCGCCGAAACAUUUGGGAUUAAGGAAGGAUUGAAAAAUUCGCCGAUUAGCGUACCUCCAGUGGGUCAAUCGCCGCAAUCAUUUAGCUCUGCAAGUUUCAAUGGCUUUAAAAGUCCCGAGCUUGGAUCUGUGCCAGUUUCCUCGGAAUUUCCAUCAAUCUCGCGACCGCUUUUGAACGAACUAAAUGGACUUAACGGAAUGCGGUAUAAUUUGUCACAGGACUCUGCAUUUUCGCAGAAUCAAAUGGAUAUGUUGAGUAAUCCCGCCUUUUUGCUGCAGCCUCGUCCACCACUUUGUAGUCCGUCUGCGAUGCCCUUUUUCAAGUACGGUUUUCCGGCCCAGGGAUUUCCACCGCUAAAUGGCCAACCAGUAAUGAAUCCAUCAGGUCCGAUGAUGUUCGGAGCAGAGCAAAAUGUUAACCGAUUACCUUCAUCUUCAACUACUCCAAACCCGGAUGGAACGGGUUUGAACGGAGGUCAAAUGGGGCCGGAUAAACCAAAGACGGGAUGCAACGAGGAGAUGAUAAACGAUCUUAACUCCAAGAAAGUUAAUAAAGGAUACCUGUGCGAGCUGUGUGGAAAAUUGUACACCCGCAAAUACGGGCUCAAAAUCCACAUGCGGAUUCACACUGGAUAUAAACCGCUCAAGUGCAAAUACUGCCAAAAGAGGUUCGGAGACCCUAGCAAUAUGGCGAAACACAUUCGCCUUCAUGCUGUUGGAGACACUCCCUACAAAUGCCAGUACUGCGGGAAAGUUCUCGUAAGAAGAAGAGAUUUGGAUCGUCAUAUAAAAUCAAGGCACCCAAAUGGACGCUAAAUGGUAAAAAUCUUACUUUUUAAUUCAAAUUUCUUAUAUCUAGAGUAAGUUUAUCCAGUCAAGAAGACUUCUGUGAAGGUUUUCUUUUUCUCUGCGACAUUGAACAAUCGAUAACAAUUCAAGGCCAUUGAGGACCUUUUAUUCACAACAGUCGUACGCAAAGCGAAAGCCACCGUGUUCGUAUCCAUAGUUCAUACAUUUGUAUAAAAUUCUUCCACGUAUCCAGUGUUAAGACUAGAAGACAUUUAUAAUAAAAAAAGGAUAUAAGUUUGUACGAUAACAGAAAAGCAAAAUAAAAAACGUGC